CGAGCGGUUGAGUGAGUGGGUUAAAUGCAAAUGACGAACACCUGUUUCUUGUUUCAGUAAUUGGCGUGGAGAGAGUAUAUAACGCCAGGAGAAACAGGAGUGGCUGAGAGAGAGAAGGACUACUGACUGCUUACCCCCUGGAUGCUGGAAUUGUUGGCUGGAGUUGCUUAUGUUAUAUUGGACCGUUUUGUGCCUGUCUGCACACCUGUUUUGUUAUUUUUGAAAACCAAAUAAAGCAGUCAGUAGUCAAGCUGACCCUGUCCUCUUCCUUCCUGACAUUGAACUUUGUUACACUGGUGCCGAAACCCGGGAAGGGAGAGGAAAGCCGCCGCCAUGCAAUCGUCCUCCGGAAUGCCAUUUGCGGAGAUUAUCAGCAGCCUCGCGGGCCUACAACAGGAACAACAUCAGGCCCUGCUGGACUUGCGGAGAGAUCAGGAAAGAUCUUUUCAAGUCAUCGUCCAAGCCCAGCAGGAGGACCGCGAGAGGUUCCGGAGCUGGAUUGACCGGGAGGUUCGACCGGAAGCCACGGAACAUCGCGCUGUGCCCGCCCACCUGCCAUUCAACAAAAUGGGAUCUGCGGACGACCCGGAGGCAUUCCUGGACCUUUUUGAAAAGACGGCCGAGCUGUCAGGCUGGCCGCGGGACCAGUGGCCGAUGCGCCUGGUCCCGCUGCUCUCCGGGGAGUCCCAGAUAGCGGCACAGCAGCUUCCGGUCCAGAAUCUCCUGGUCUUCGACGACCUGAAGAGGGCCAUCCUCCAGCGGGUCGGCCGGAGCCCUGAGGAACACCGACAGCGUUUCCGCUCGCUCGAGCUGGCUGAGUCCGGCCGACCCUUCGUGAUGGCCCAACAGCUCCGGGACUCCUGCCGCAAAUGGCUGUUGGCUGAGGGAAGCGACGUGGAGAAGAUCGUCGAUCGAGUGGUGCUGGAGCAGUUUAUCACUCGGCUACCGAAGAAGACAGCCGAGUGGGUCCAGUGCCACCGCCCCACGUCGCUGGACUCGGCCAUCCAUCUCGCGGAGGACCAUAUGGUGGCGUGCCCCGGGGUCGGCGAACCCCUCCCAUCUGCUUCUCUCUCUCCCUCUCCAUCUUCUGUCCCUCUCUCUCAUCCUGUCCCUUUACCCAGGUCACGGCCGCCUGGAUAUCCGCGUGUCCCGCCCCGGGGGCGGGGCGGGUUUGACCAGAGCCAGUCCGGGACUCCACGUGCCCCGCCCAGGAGGGCGGGACUGGUUUCCACGGGACGGGAUCCCACUCCUGUUUCUCCGCUUUCUCCACGCCAAUCAUUUACCCCACCCCCUGCCACUGGGGCGGCGGGGAGGUCUGGGCCGGCCUGUUGGCGUUGCGGGGACCCGGAGCAUUUCAUAGAUAAAUGCCCGGUGAUGGAGGUUGGGACAAUGGUUCGGGUCCCGGACGCCCCGCAGGCUGCCCCCGGUCAAGCUGGCUGGUACCAAAUACCUUAAUUGGCGUGGAGAGAGUAUAUAACGCCAGGAGAAACAGGAGUGGCUGAGAGAGAGAAGGACUACUGACUGCUUACCCCCUGGAUGCUGGAAUUGUUGGCUGGAGUUGCUUAUGUUAUAUUGGACCGUUUUGUGCCUGUCUGCACACCUGUUUUGUUAUUUUUGAAAACCAAAUAAAGCAGUCAGUAGUCAAGCUGA